CCUGGGUGAGAAUCGGUGCAUUUCAGGAGGGAAACUUCGCAGGGUUUUGUCCCGAGUUUAUUAAGAUUGGCAUUUAAAGCCAAGCGGCUAAGAAAAUUAUUAGAAUUUGUGUAUUUGUUAAUACACAAGGGAACAAGUCAUGUCUGGUAUAGCUUUAAGCCGACUUGCGCAGGAACGAAAGGCCUGGCGAAAAGACCACCCAUUUGGCUUUGUGGCAGUGCCAACAAAAAAUCCUGAUGGAACAAUGAACCUGAUGAACUGGGAGUGUGCCAUUCCUGGAAAGAAAGGGACACCCUGGGAGGGAGGCUUGUUUAAACUGCGAAUGCUGUUCAAGGAUGACUAUCCUUCUUCCCCUCCAAAGUGUAAAUUUGAGCCUCCGUUAUUCCAUCCUAACGUAUAUCCAUCUGGCACAGUCUGUCUGUCAAUUCUAGAGGAAGACAAAGAUUGGAGGCCAGCCAUCACAAUCAAGCAGAUCCUGUUAGGAAUCCAAGAACUUCUGAACGAACCAAAUAUCCAGGAUCCUGCCCAAGCAGAGGCAUAUACAAUUUACUGCCAAAACAGAGUAGAAUAUGAAAAAAGGGUUCGAGCACAGGCCAAAAAAUUCUCACCGUCAUAAGCACCAAGACUUAUCUGCUUAAUGGAAGGCAUUGGUUUGACAAGGAUUCUUUUCUCAAUUUUGUUUCUCUCCGCAAAAAAUAUGCUCCUCACAAUUAGACUUACUGCAGACUUAUUUAAAGCCAAAUAUAUAUUACAUAUAUAUUUUGUGCCAUUUACUGUCUUGACACCUGUCCUACACCUAUGUUUCCCCUCGACCUUCUCAUUGGCUGCAAUGACACAAGGCCAGGAGUGUAGCCACAGCGUUUCCCCACUUGAGCUGACUUGAUACUGAUGCAGGAGCUCAGAACCCAGCUGAGGUCUGGUGAAUUGCAGUUUGUAUAUGGGGAUUGGAAGGGUGGGUGGGUUGCUUGCUUUUAUUCUUUUUUUUUUUUUUUUUUU